AUGCUUUCAGGCCAGGGCUCAACUGUGACCACCAGCUCACGUGGCUCCGCUAUACGCACAGAUAAACCCAAACUGGGUACCGAGCCAUCUCAGACUAGCCUCGACAUUACACCCAUAGUGCGUACCCAUCUGUUUUCAGUAUUUUUCGAUGCUAUCCAGCCCGCAUGGCCCAUCGUAACGAAAGAAAGCCUCAUUCGUUAUCCAUGCACCACUCUAUUGGAAGCUGCAAUUCUCGGCGUAGCAGCCCGUCAUCAUACAGCUAUUGUCUCUUGGCGUGAUCUAGCCUAUCUUCAAACAGUCAUUGAUACGGAACUGCGCAGUCUUUUUAAUUUACAAGAUGACCGCGAGCACUCAACUCAAACUUUACAGGCUUUGCUUCUUCUUUCCCUUCGAGUAGAGCUAUGUGCGAAAAGUCACCAUGAUCUCCAGCGUCUGCUGUUUCGGAUCUCUUUUGCAUGUCAAAUUGCCCAAGAUUUGAGCUUUCAUUUACCUCCUACAGAGUCGUCAGCGGAUGACACAGAAGAUAUCAAUCUUCGACGAACACUAUGGGCGGCGUGCAUCUUUGUGGACACUCAUAGUUCAGCAAUUCUGGGUCAAGAAAUGGUCAUCAGUAUGAGUCGCAGUCAAAGUCUAUCUCUGUUACAGACUACUGCCGGGCUGACAGAAACGCACCCAUCAUCAGAUUUCAUCCUUCAACGUCGGUUUUUCUUCACUGCUGUCGACUUAAUGAUAUGCCUUCGCUCCGUUUUAUCGACAGGCUACUCUAUCCUUCCAAAAGCAGGACCUCAAAUACAUGGUGAGGUAACAGAGCUGCUUAAAGAAAUUGAAUUGCACCAGAAAUACCUCGACAUGAACAACUCACAGUACACCGAUCACGAAUGGCAAUGUCUCCAAAUGAUUCACUCGAACACGCAUCUUCUAUUUAUCCUCAGUCUUCGAUCCAGAGCUCCUGCAGAUGAAAGGCUUCAGCAAAUAGCUAGUGGUCAACUACUCUCCGUCAUAAUCCAAGCAUGCCAAACGCUCGAAUGGUCAACUGCUGAGCUUAUUCAAUCAGUCCCAGGUCAACUACUUGUCACAUUGUACAGUACCUCACGCGCUUUAAUGGUUAUCGUCGAUGUACUACGGGACUCCGAGUCCAAAGCAGCUUUAUCAGAUUCUACAUUACGACGUCUUCAGAACGCAGUUGAGAAUGCGAGAGAAUUUAUGAGUUUUUUAUCGAUAGAUAAGACGUGGGGACAGAAGUGGACGCAGGCUCAUACUUUGAAGGCGAUUUUUACGAGACUGGGUCAGGAUCAGACUGAGAGUCAUCGGUCAUCAGAUGUAUCAACGCAUCGGUCUCAAUAUUCUACCGUUGAGAUGGAAUCAAAGUCCUCGGUACAGAUGGAGCUCAGCAACAGAAAUCACAUGAAUGCUGCAAAUAUUGAGAUUCGUUUCGAGAAUCAUCCUCUAAAUGAAAAUUUUUGGAAUGGGCUUGGAGAUUCCAUGGAUUUGAGUAAUGUUAUUCUCAAUCCGGCAGAGUGGGAGAGGUUCUUUGAACAAUACGAUCAGGAGAUGUAUGGACCAAAGUGA